CCGCGCGUGUCUGCGCCGAGAGGGCGGGCGGCGCCGCGGCGCGCGCGGUCCGGGCUGACGCAUCUGGCCCCGGUUCCCUAGGAUCGCAGGGGGGCCGGAGGGGCGGGGGAGAGCUCGAGAAAGAGCGGAGGGCGCGCGUGCGCAGUGGCGCGGGGAGGAGCAGGGACCUGGCAGCAGGCUGGGAGGCUGCGAGCGAGCCGCGAACCGGGCGGGCGGCGGGCGGCGGGCGCGCGCACCAUGGGGGAGAAACCGGGCACCAGGGUCUUCAAGAAGUCGAGCCCUAACUGCAAGCUCACCGUGUACUUGGGCAAGCGGGACUUUGUAGACCACCUGGACAAAGUGGACCCCGUAGAUGGUGUGGUGCUCGUGGACCCUGACUACUUGAAGGACCGCAAAGUGUUUGUGACCCUCACCUGCGCCUUCCGCUAUGGCCGUGAGGACCUGGAUGUGCUGGGCUUGUCCUUCCGCAAAGACCUGUUCAUCGCCAACUACCAGGCCUUCCCCCCCGUACCCAACCCACCGCGGCCCCCCACCCGCCUGCAGGACCGGCUGUUGAGGAAGCUGGGCCGGCAUGCCCACCCCUUCUUCUUCACAAUCCCCCAGAAUCUGCCCUGUUCCGUCACCCUGCAGCCAGGCCCCGAGGACACGGGGAAGGCCUGUGGAGUAGACUUUGAGAUUCGAGCCUUCUGUGCCAAAUCACUAGAAGAGAAAAGCCACAAAAGGAACUCUGUGCGUCUGGUGAUCCGAAAGGUGCAAUUUGCCCCAGAGAAACCCGGCCCCCAGCCUUCAGCAGAAACCACACGCCACUUCCUCAUGUCCGACCGGUCCUUGCACCUUGAGGCUUCCCUGGACAAGGAGCUCUACUAUCACGGGGAGCCCCUCAAUGUCAACGUCCAUGUCACCAACAACUCCACCAAGACCAUCAAGAAGAUCAAAGUCUCUGUGAGACAGUAUGCGGACAUCUGCCUCUUCAGCACUGCGCAGUACAAGUGUCCUGUGGCUCAGCUCGAACAAGAUGACCAGGUGUCCCCCAGCUCCACGUUCUGCAAGGUAUACACCAUCACCCCGCUGCUCAGCGACAACCGGGAGAAGCGAGGUCUCGCCCUGGACGGGAAGCUCAAGCACGAGGACACCAACCUGGCCUCCAGCACCAUCGUGAAGGAGGGCGCCAACAAGGAGGUGCUGGGCAUCCUGGUGUCCUACAGGGUCAAGGUGAAGCUGGUGGUGUCUCGUGGCGGGGACGUCUCUGUGGAGCUGCCUUUUGUUCUUAUGCACCCCAAGCCCCACGACCACAUCACCCUCCCCAGGCCCCAGACAGCACCCACCCACCUACCCCCUCUCCUCGCCUCAGCUGCUCCUGACACAGACGCCCCUGUGGACACCAACCUCAUUGAAUUUGAUACCAACUACGCCACGGACGAUGACAUCGUGUUCGAGGACUUCGCCCGGCUUCGGCUGAAGGGGAUGAAGGACGAAGAUUAUGACGACCAGUUCUGCUAGGGGGAGG